AUGGUGACCUAUGAUGAUGUGCAUAUCAACUUCACUAAGGAAGAGUGGGAUGUGCUGAAUCCAUCCCAGAAGAAUCUCUACAAAGAUGUGAUGCUGGAGACCUACAGGAACCUCACUACUAUAGGAUACAUUUGGGAAGACCAUAACACUGAAGAACAUUGUCAAUGUUGUAGAAGGCAUGCAAGGAUUGAAAGAAAUCAAACUGGAGCGACGUUUUCCGUAUAUUCUCACUGUGCUAAAGCCUUGUCUUAUAACACUCAUCUUCUAAGGAAUGAAAAAACACAUACCGGAGAAAAAUGCUCUAAAAUUAAGCAAUUUGAUAAAACCUUUGCUUAUCAAAAUCAUCUUCAAAUGCAUAAAAGAACACAUAAUAGAGAGAAACCCUAUGAAUAUAAUCAGCAUGGUAAAGCCUUUACUCAAAACAGUGUUCUUCAAACUCAUAAAGGAACACAAACUGGAGAAAAACCGUAUGAAUGUAAUCAGUGUGGUAAGGCCUUUUCUCGAACCAGUGCUCUUCAAAUACAUAAAAGAAUACAUACUGGGGAAAAACCCUAUGAAUGUAAUCAGUGUGGUAAGGCCUUUGCACAUCAUAGUUCCCUUCAAUUGCAUAAAAGAACACAUACUGGAGAGAAACCCUAUGAAUGUAAUCAAUGUGGUAAGGCCUUUGCAUAUCAAAGCAAUCUUCAAAUGCAUAAAAGAACACACACUGGAGAGAAACCCCAUGAAUGCAAUCAGUGUGGUAAAGCCUUUGCACGUCAUCAUGAACUUCAAUUGCAUAAAAGAACACAUACUGGAGAGAAACCCUAUGAAUGUAAUCAGUGUGGUAAGGCCUUUGCACGUCAUUAUGAUCUUCAAAUACAUAACAGAACACACACUGGAGAGAAACCCUAUGAAUGCAAUCAGUGUAGUAAGGCCUUUGCAUGUCAUAGUCAUUUUCAAAGUCAUAAAAGGACACAUACUGGAGAGAAACCUUACGAAUGUAAUCAGUGUGGUAAGGCCUUUGCACAACAUAGUCACCUUCAAUUGCAUAAAAGAACACAUACUGGAGAGAAACCCUACGAAUGUAAUCAGUGUGGUAAGGCCUUUGCACAAAAUAGUCACCUUCAAUGGCAUAAAAGAACACAUACUGGAGAGAAACCCUAUGAAUGUAAUCAGUGUGGUAAGGCCUUUGUGAAAAACAGUACUCUUCAAAUGCAUAAAAUAACACAUACUGGAGAGAAACCCUAUGAAUGUAAUCAGUGUGGUAAGGCCUUUGCACGUCAUUAUGAUCUUCAAUUGCAUAAAAGAACACACACUGGAGAGAAACCCUAUGAAUGCAAUCAGUGUGGUAAGGCCUUUGCUAAACACAGUGCUCUUCAAAGGCAUAAAGGAUCACAUACUGGAAAG